CUGCGAAGUACGCUACUUAAUUAAUUAUCCGAGUACAAAACUGUAACUCUCUCUCUCUCUCUACAUAUAUAUAUAUAUAUAUGCCUCAAAUUGUCACAUUUUCGAGAUAUUGACCGCCUAUGUCACAACAACUCAAUGACGAUCCCAUUAUUAUUGCACCCCCGCCAUGGAUUUUGAAAGCAGAUGUUUUUUCAGCAGCCUUCUGGAUCUCUGCUUCACAAGCUGAAAACUUUCCAUUUGAUAUUGCUUACUCGCCGCUUGAGCUAUCAUCUCAAUUUGCUGAUCUUGGAAUCAGCCGUCCUGUCGGAGGGGUGGGUACAAUCCAAAUCAUUAGGUACAAGGAGACUCCAGUUGGCCCAUAUGAUGAGCUGGUUAUUGUACCCGGUAAAUUCGAAUGGAUCAAACAAGGCUCUAAUGGCGAGUAUAAGAGAGGCUAUGCUUAUAAAGCAACUCGGUUAUACGUCUCACAGAAGCACACCUGUUUUAACGGCAGAGCCAAUUGGAAUAUACCAAAGCAUUUGGCUCGUUUUGACUGGGAAGCGAUGCCUGAUAAGUCGCUUACCGUACGAGUGUAUCCUCACGACACCUCUGGUGAUAAGACAGAAGCAAUGGCUAGUUCCACACCGUUUUUUCAGGCCACAAUGAAGCCAGUGCCGCUUAUUCCAUCAUUCCCGUUUUCGAGUGCAUGGCUAAGUUUUCUCGGCAUUGAUCUUGAGUGUGUUCACCCACCGCUCCCCAAGGGUCGCGGUAGUCAGGGUGAGCUUCCGGGCACGGAUUCUUGGUGUGCCUUUACGCCAGUUUUCAGCGGGAAAGCUUCAAGCUUAAUGACCAUUGACACGUCGCAAUGCUAUGAGGAUGACAAAAUGGUAGCCCGAAGGAAUAAAAGUUUCUGGCCGGGAGUAGGCAGGUGGCGUGUUGGGCUAAUGGCGGAAAACGCUACUCUGGUGAUAAACACCAGAGAAAUAUAAUGCAGUGCCUUCUCAGUUGGAAUCAAUAUCAUGAUUGUUUAUGAGCUUAUUUAUACUAUUCCCGAGUUGUCGCAAACUGUAUGAUAGUGUGGAUGUUUUUUUGCCGCCCGUUGUUGAUGUCGGACGCAUCUGUUUACAGCGCUAAGUUUUAGUGCAUGCAAACGCAGUGCUACUGGAAGAAAUACACGAACACGCUGUAGCAGAGGGACGACACAAAUUGACAAAUGCAAGAACAAUUAUAUGAUAGGUGGUGGAUUAUUAAUAUAAUAGAUAGCAUACACUCGUCCGAAAAAUUCUAUGUACAUCUGC